AGAGCCACUUAACGCGUCCUUGACAACCAGAGACGCGUUUCCCCGCGACAACUUUGCUGCUGUCAUUGAACAACCAACUACAGACAGUCCCAUUACAGCAGAUCCAAGAUGGCGAACUUCUUCGACCGCAAUCGCGGAGCCUCAAGCUCUAAAAUCGCUACCACCAAAUCGGUCGUUGAACACGCCCCUGCCGCGCAGCCUUGGACGGAAAAGUAUCGGCCGCGGAAUUUGGAAGAAGUCAAGAGCCAGGAACAUGCCACCGAAACACUUCGUCGUAUGGUCAACGCCUCAAAUCUUCCUCAUCUCCUCUGCUAUGGCCCACCGGGAAACGGCAAGACCUCCACGAUCCUCGCCCUCUGUCGAGAACUUUUUGGCCCAGAACUCAUGAAGACGAGAGUCCUCGAACUCAACGCCUCGGACGAACGAGGCCUCUCCGUGAUCAGAGAACGAGUCAAACAGUUCGCAUCGCAACACCUGACACACCCUUUCUCGGAUGAAUACCGCAAGAAGUACCCGUGCCCCAACUUCAAGGUGGUUUUGUUGGACGAGGCAGACCAGCUCACGCAGGAUGCGCAGGGGGCGUUGAGACGAGUGAUGGAGAUCCACAGCGCAACCACCAGGUUUGCGCUGUGCUGCAACUACGUCUCAAGGAUCAUUGACCCCAUAGCCUCCCGGUGUUCCAAAUUUCGGUUCAAGGCUCUCGAGGGCUCCGAGGCAGUUGCGCGUAUCGAGACGAUUCUCAAGACGGAGAAUGUGAAAUACGAAGAGGGUGUUAUUGAGAGGACUCUUAAAGUGUCGGACGGGGAUCUUCGACGUUCUAUCAAUCUCCUCCAGAGCGCCGCUCGACUUAUUGGAGCCUCACCCUCGAUACCCACCUCGAACGGCCACAAAAAGCGGGUGAUUGCAGAUGAAUCGGAUGAGGAAAUGGAAGAUGUCGACGCCGGCAAAUCGAAACCUGCCCAGUCCAGCAACAUGAUCAAGAUAUCCGACAUCAACGAAAUCGCAGGUACAUUCCCCCCAAAUCUCACAGACGAUCUCAUCGCAAUCCUCCAAAAAGGCAACACUCGAAACUACAAUAACAUUGCGUCGGAAAUUACCAAUAUUGUCGCGAGCGGGUAUGCGGCCAACGAGGUCCUUUCUGCCCUGUAUGCAGCCGUGGUGCUUGGCGAAGAAGAUGUGGUCGUCAACAGCAAGGAAGACGCAGCUAUGAGGAAAAAGUACAAGUUGACGGCUAUCUUCUCGGAGUUUGACAAGAAGUUGGUCGAUGGGGUUGACGAGCAUCUCGCAUUGCUGGACAUGAGCUGUCAGGUCGCGGGGGUGCUGGCUGCUUGAACGCACACGGCUGUGGUGGUUUCUAUGUGACCACUAUAUGGACGGAUUGAAGAUGUUAUGCCUGCAUCAGCGAUGGCGUUUGCGGUUUCCUCCAGAGUGGCAUGUGUUCCGGCAGGGAUGGAAAACACAGAUUCCGGGCGUGCACGGGGAAAGGAAUUGUAAAUAUAUGAACAUGAAGUCUGACCGGUUUGAUCAUAUCUUGAGGGAUAUGCGCAGAUGGUUCGGAUAUGGGGGACCAAAGGAAAAAUCCACCUAAACAGUAUGGCACUCGGAUGGUACCUGAGGGCUCGAUAUUCAAAGUCAAAUCUCUGUUUCGUGUUGCUCUUCUCCGUCCAUUUCGGUACAGUGGCGAGCAAAAAUCCAAAAAAUUGGCAAUUUUGCCGAGGGCGCAUCGGUGCA